AUGACCGACAUGGAAAACAGCAUGAUGGACGAAUCCUUCGCGAUCUCCGAAGUCGCAGACGACUCCAACUUGACCGCCAGCGCGACGGUCGGUACAAGGCGGCAAGCGAACGGUACAAUUGGCUCUGUCUACUCGGGCAACAAGAUUCGACACCUGAAGAAAGAGGAUGGUAUCCCUCUCUGGCGCAAAGAUAUCCAAUAUGAGUUCUUGAAGCUGGUCUUUGAAGACAAAUCCCCCGUUUUCACGAGGUGGCCUGAUGGCCAAAAAGGACUGGACUUCGCGGAUGUCUACAUCGAUGCAAUGGCCCGGAGCAGCAAGACGAGCAAGAUUCUGAAAGACAAACUGCAGAGUGACAAGCCUGCGGCUAUCAGCAUGGCGAUGGUUUGUUUGCUGGUGAACUUCGGUCGCAUGAAUACCACCUUGAACUUCUUCCCGGAAAUGCGCGCUCAAUUGCGGACCUACCACUCCAUCCCCUCACUUCAAGCGCACCAGGACUCCAACGCCUACAAGCAGCUCCAGGAUGCACCACGCCUCAAGUCCAUCCUGAAGGGCGCCUCGGAGGACUAUGAACAGCCGAACACCCUGGAAAAGAUCAAGCGACAAAACAUACCUCGUACGAACCCGGUGAAUUUGAUAUUCGUUCUGGCGCAAUACGCCCCCAAAGUCUCAGAAACACAUUUCUUCCCCCCGCGGGACUUUUUCGAUUUGGUUAUGAGAUCAACCUUGAGUAGCCAAAGUCGCGCCAGGGCAUUUCUUUGGCUGAUGUGGUGGUAUUUGGAGAGUGAUUUCAGCCGCGAGGCCGCUCUAAACAAUCCUUUCGGCGCGGGAUUAGAAGGCGAGGGCUCUGAGGGUCUUCCUUUGAAAGUGCCUCCCUUUGAUAUCUUGACCGAGGAACAAGCCAAUGAGGAGAAUCAGGAUACACCCGAGGAGCAGGAAUACGGUGAAUCUAAGCGACUGGAACGCAAGCGCAUUCUGGAAGAAGAGGAGCCAUUACCACGCAUCCCUAAGCGGCCCAAAAAAGAUUUCGGGUUUGACGAAGACUCAUUCGCGGGUGACUAUUCUGGUAUGGGAGGCCGCGGCUCCGCCAUGUCUACCCCUCUCCACCCUUCUGUCAAACGAAGUCUGGAUGACGACGAGGACGAAAUGACUCCUGGUUAUUCACGUCCGCGCCCCAAGCAGCUCAAGCGGGAACCCUCACUCAACCGCACCAUGGGCCAGCAACGGCUCGUUCUGAAAACCAGACCGGAGCACACCCCUGAUGCGUCUCCUGCACCUUCAGGCCAUCCUCACCAAGUCCUCAACCGCUUCAUCACAGAACCCUCACUUUCCACAAACCCUGGUCGUCGACCGCGACCACUCACCCAACACCAGAUUGCCGUUGAACAAAAUCGACGACAGAGAAUUGACUAUCUGCUUGCCAAACGCAGAUCCAAUGCAUACCGUGUUCUACGUGCGAAACGAGAGCAUGAAAUUCCUUUCGGGCGCUACGGUCGCCUUCUCCAAGGUCUUCCCGAAGGCUACGAUACCGACGACGAGGAAACUUCAUGGGGUAAGGGUGGUCUUCUUCCCAACCCUGACGAGGAAGAUGACUUUGGAGAAUGUGCGAGUGUCUUCCUAUCCGUGGUUCGCAAAGCGGCGCGCCGACUCGACCGAUGGGACUACGAAGAAGCCAAUGGGCCCAAGAAAGACCGCAAGUUGGAGCGCGAAGAACGGUACCAAGCCAAGGCAGCCCUUGAGGCUGAUUUGCGCAACUCCCAUAAUCGAGCCCGUCCGCGAGCUCGCCCUAGUGCUGCCAAGCGCAAGUCGACCGGUGUCACGGGCACCCCUGGCACUGGAAAGAAGCCCAUUCCUCACGCCAAGGCGGACGGCUUGGGUGCGUCGGCUCUAGGGACCCCCAACUGGGAUGCAGAGCACGGACCCGAUGACUACCUGGAGGGCGAGCUUGACGAUCUUGACCGUGAAUUGCUCGGUGAAGGAUCAGGUGAUGAGGAUGAUAACCCUCGGGGUGAUGAUUUCUCUGAUGACGAAGAAGAUGACGAUAAUAUGUCCUACGAAGGCGCCAAUGGUGACACACGACAUGAGGCUUCGUCCCCCCCUCCGAGGGGGCCUGCCGAUCAACGCGGGGAAGGCUAUGCGGACGAUGUGAUGGAAGAUUAA